CUCUUGUCGGAAGCCCUUUACCAUCAUAGGAAAUAUAAAUAAUUGAAGUGUAGAUAUUAUGGUCUAUUUGAGAAGACCUUAUUAUGAAAACUGUCAAUACAAUGCUAGUUUGAAUGUUAAAACAAUAGGAUUUAUUUUAUAACAAGUGUUAAACAAUAUAUGAAUAUGAAUUAUUAUUAAAUAGUACACGGCUGUUCGAAGACAAUAGAGAACGUUGACGAUAAAAUGCAAAGUGCAAUAGAAUGCGAAAUGGGGGCUGUUGACGAGAAAAGCGCAACCGACAAAGGCGCCUCGAGUAACCAACUUGUUGACGAAAUUGAUAAUGCUGAUUGUAAUACAGAAAAUAAUCCCACGGUUGUUGUCGACAUAGAUCGUGAGAGUCAUGUUUGUCAUGACGAGGACGAUAAAACAGUUACACUUCGUGACAAAAAGACUGACACUAUAACAAGAAUUUCCGAUGAUGAUUACAGAUACAUGCGUUACCUCGACAAUACGGAAAACAUUUCCAAACGACGAAAAGAUCUGAUUGGUAGCGAAAAGCUGAUCAGCGACGCGGAUCUUCGUCUAGCCGCCACUUUGGUUCACGACGCAAUGGAAGGAAGAACAGCCGAUAUCAAAUCCGAAAUCAGAUACGUCAAGUCCUAUAAUUUGUAUAAAUCAUGGCCGUUGACUUACCUACUGUAUAUUGCCAUCAUUGUCAACCUAAGCCUGGUCCUCUUCGAAGAGCCCGCGGUCGAAGGGCUUGCAUUGAAAGACACAAUCACAAUGCCCAUUGAGCUUCUAUGCAUCUUGUAUUUCUGUGUGCGAACGGCCCACCACUACUUUUGGCGAAGGACAUCGCUUUUCUUCCGAGAUGUGAAGAAUACAAUUUUGAUAAUGAUCAUCGUGGUGACACUGAUUGACAUGGUCGUGUAUCUUAUAUGGAAACAUGUGGAUCCAGAGGCAAAUCACGUGCGCUUUUCGAGAGUUCUCCGAGCGAUUGUUAUUGUAAACUUUUCAGACGGUCGCCAGAUACGGAGAUCCUGGAGAAAUAUGCGGCGGACCAUUAAAGAGAUCAUUCACGUUGUCUUUCUGUUUAGUUUCUUCAUUUUGGUCUUCUCCUUGAUUGCCAACCAGAUGUUCAGUGCAAGGUCCGAUAUCAAAUAUCUGAACGGAAAAGCAUACUUCAAGGACUACUUAGAAUGUGUGUGGGAAAUGUAUGUUCUAGUAACCACCUCCAAUAACCCGGAUGUCAUGAUUCCUGCUUUAAAGGCGAGUCGGUAUUACUGCAUUUUCUUUUUCGUGUAUAUCGUCGUCGUGUUUUACAUGCUCCUGAAUGUGUUUCUUGCGGUUGCCUAUCACAGCUACAGUGAAAACAUGAAGCUUGAGAUCCAGCAAGGUUCCCGUGAUAAAAAGAAGAAGUUAGGACAGGCCUUUGACGUCAUCAAGGUCAAUCACGAAGGGGAGGACAUGGUGACCUACCGAACCUGGAAGCGCCUGAUGAACCUAGUGCAGCCCAAUCUCUCCAACAACCAGAUUGAUUUGUUGAUGUUGAUCCUGAACACUAAGCGUUCUGGACACAUAGGACGGCGCGAGUUUAUGAACGUUGCGGACUUGUUGAAUGUACAAAUCUCGGAAGUGUCAGACCGAAUCACUUGGUUGGAGAAAACCUUUCCACGGCUCUAUCUGUCAGUGCCCAGCGAAUUUAUACGGACGAUAGUUGACACUGUAUUUUUCAAAUUUGCUUACGAUCUGCUGGUCGGUAUAGAGAUAUUCCUUAUUGGUUUUAAUGUACCUGGCAUCAACAUUCCCUUCUGCGCCCUAUAUAUCCUGGAGGUAGUGCUUAAGGUUUACACAUUCGGGCCAAUUAAAUAUUUCCAUCGCGUUAGCAACUGGUUCGAUGUCAUCAUAACAAGUGUGAGUUUGAUAUUUUUGAUCGUUGAAUCAACUGUUCUCCAGAAAGAUGACGAUCAAACACGUAUCAUAAGGGAAACCAUCAGUGCCGUAAACAUCAUACGUAUCUUUCGCAUUCUGCGUUUACUUGUCCAUAUUAAUCGGUUCAAGAUAAUAAUCGACACUUUGAUCAACAUUUCGAUGUCAAUUUUAAUGUACUGUGGGAUACUCUUCAUAAUUUUCUAUGUGUUUGCCGUGAUCGGGAUGGAGAUAUUUAAGGGCAAAAUCCGCUCCUUUCCCGUCUCGAUCGGAAAUGACACGAGUGAGAAGUAUUGUGGUGCGCUUGCUCUGAACAACAGUGAAUUCUACAAGUCCGAGUACUGUUAUCUGAACUUCAAUGACGUCAUCGGUUCUGCGCUUGUCUUGGCAACAGUAACGUUCCAGAAUAACUGGCAUCAGGUAACUUCUGGCUACGUUCUGGUCACCAACAGAGCUGCGAGAAUAUACUUUGCAACGUUCUUCAUGUUUGUAUCCAUCAUCGUCAUGAACAUAGUAACGGCGUUCAUAGUUGACAUGUUCAUGUACGAAUACACGAUUCAGAAAGAUGGCAAGGUAGAUUCAUCCGUUGAAAAGAAGAUAAAAGAACUUGGACUUGGGAUUGACGCCGAAACGGGUCUGGAGAUAUCCCAACCGCUCUCAGACGAGCAAAUGAAAGAGUGGAUGCGAGGGCAUGACGUGAAAGCACCACUAGUCCACCCUUGGAUUGAGAAAGCAACUUUAAGAGGUAUUCGUCAUGCAGAAGCUAGAUUUUCAACAUUUAGUUCGUACGUGCACAAACGAAAAAGCUCCGUUCCGACCCUAAACAGAUUUGACGGCAUCCGCUUUCACAUCAAGAAAAAAGGUUGGACAAAAAUCGAAGUUCUGCUGCAACAGUUAUAUGACAUUGAAAGUGAUCUUGACAAUAUAAAAACCGACGAGGAAGACAGGCGUUCAAAGGCCUUAAUACUUUGAAAACUUAACUGAAUACAAAAAGGUCACCUAGCGUAGGUAAAAAAAGUCAAUUCUUUGGAACACGACUGAUGACAUCUUGAACGUUUACAUUCCAGGGUGGGCACAAUAAUUUGUAAUGUGUUACGUAUUCCGUUGUUUUUAAAUGGAUGUGUAGGCUUUUAAACGAAAUCGUUUUGCAGAAAUCAAACUAUUUAUUUGCAUAUAUUACAUGAAAUGUGUAUUCAUUAACUUUUUUCUUUUUUACAAUUUGAUUAUUGUCACCAUGUCCAAAUAAUUAGUUUUUCCAUAAGAAACGGAAAAGAUUAUUUUAAUUCGGAAGUAUUUUUAUUACAAUAAGAUAUCCUUCUGAAUGUAUGUGUAUGGCAUAAAGAUAUGGAUGUCACAAAAUAUUUUUAUUACCAUAUAUCAUGUCUGAUUUGAUCAUUAUUUUCACUUUUGUUUUAAUUGCUAAUUCAUAAAUUACUUGAUUUAAUCAUAAAUGUAUGCCUUUUUCUCCAUGAUAGUAAGUUUAUUUAAAUAUGAAUUUAUAAUUGCAUAACAUAACAUUUUCAAUACAUUCUAUUAAGUUAACGAACACAUAUCUAUGUUAAGCAAUAAAGUGGAGUCAAACAUA